UCUUUGAUGUGGACAAUGGUGGUCCCAAACACCUGGGAUAGACAUUUUCCUGCUCUGUUGUCUCUCCGCCAUUGCUCGCAGUUGGAGCUUGAGCUUGAACUACCUGACCAGGUCGACAGGGGGCGAUGUUUCCAGUGUUGUCUCGUCCUCUUUCGGUGGAACACAUUAUUCAACAUGGCGGCCCACAGGAUUGCAUGUCUAGGGUUUAAUGCCCUUUACUCCUCUGUCUGCGCCCCACAGCAGGCCCUGAGGAGCUGCUGGGGUGCGGUGGAGCAGGUGAGGAGUUACUACGUUGACUGGAGGAUGGUGAGGGACGUCAAGAGAAGACAGAUGGCCUUCGACUACGCUGAUGAGAGGCUCCGGAUCAAUGCGCUGAGGAAGAACACCAUCCUGCCUAAAGAGCUUCAGGAGCUGGCAGAUAAAGAAAUUGCAGCGUUACCCAGGGACAGCUGCCCUGUGAGGAUACGCAACAGGUGUGUGUUGACCUCCAGGCCUCGUGGAGUGAAGCGCAGGUGGAGACUGAGUCGGAUUGUCUUCCGUCACCUAGCUGACCACAACCAGAUGUCUGGUAUACUCAGGGCGAGGUGGUGACCAUGGUACACUGCAGUUGGCUGUGAAACAUCGAUCAGACGAACAGGACAUCCACAUUCAAUCUCCUGUUAUAUUUAUAUUUUCUUUUUUUCUGAACAACAAAAAACAUACAAUUCAAAAAUAUAAAUGUUACUCCUUGUUGGAGAAUACUUACAUGUAACUCAGAAAUCUAUGAAUAAAUGUUGUACAUUAUAAAACUUUU